UAUACAGGGACUGUGGAUAAUCACGCGCUUGUGCAUCUGUUAUAAACGUACACUGCAUGUUUUGGUAACUGAGAGUUUUAUCAGAGAAUCACAGAACGGUUUGGGUUGGAAGGGACCUUAAAGAUCAUCUCGUUCCAACCCCCUGCCAUGGGCAGGGACAACUUCCACUGUCCCAGGUUGCUCCCAGCCCCGUCCAGCCUGGCCUUGGACACUUCCAGGGAUCCAGGGACAGCCACAGCUUCUGUGGCCACCCUGUGCCAGGGCCUCCCCACCCUCACAGGGGAGAAUUUCUUCUUCAUAGCUAAUCUAAACCUGCCCUCUGUUGGUUUGCACCAUUCCCCCUUGUCCUGUCACUGCAGGCCCUUGUCCAUAGCCUCUCUCCAUCUGUCUUGUUUCCCUUCAGGUGCUGGAAGGCCACAGUUCUGUCACCACAAAGCCUUCCCUUCUCCAGGCUGAACAAUCCCAAUUCUCCCAGCCCGUCCUCACAGCAGAGUGCUCCAUCCCUCUGAUCCUGGUGGCCUCUUGAGGCCUUGCUCCAACAGAUCCAUGUUCUUCCUGUGCUGGGGACCAGCUGGAUUUUAUAAAUACUGGAGUAUAUAUACAUAUAUGUAUUUUGUUAUUAUUAUUAUUAAUCCUUCAGCCCCAAAAUGCCAAACCCUGGAGUGCAGCAGAGCCCCAUAGGAGGAGGAUCAGAGCACUGUUUGCACAGCAUCUGCAUCACCCCAAAGCCUCAAGCAGCAGCACCUCAGUCUUUGGGGUUCAGGGUGAACACCUCGAUGCAGCUCCCCUAAUUUGUAAAAUACAGAUCACAUUUGCAGCUAAGCCUCACAGCUCUGCAGUGAGCAGCACACAUCCACCCUGGCUGUGCUGGAUGCCUUUGGGACAGCUGGAGGGAGCACAGCUGACAGGAUCCUUGCUCACAAAGGGCUCAAGUGCAGGGAGAGGACAAUGUGCAAGGCAAGGCAGAAACUCAAUAAAACACGUGAACGUUCUCCCUCCCCUUCACCCUCCACCUUUGCCCCUGCCUUGCACUGUGCUCCCAUCGAGAGCAGCCAGACCUCUCCACCACGAUGCUGGGCAUCAGGAUAUUCCUACAGAAAAUCCUGAUUCUUCUGCAGGUUACUCUGUCUGUCGUUGUUGGCAAAACACUGAUGGUACUGUUCCCCGAUGCCAUGAAAAGAUAUAUCCUAAAGAUGGGAGAAAAGAGCAGAAUGAACCAGAAUCCAAAGUUCAGCUACGAAAACUGGGGCCCGACUUUCUUCAGCUUCAAGUAUUUGCAGUUUGUGCUGAAGGUGAAGUGGAAGAGGCUGGAGGAUGAAGCCCACGAGGGACAGCCUGCUCCCAACACGCCGGUGGUGACCCUCGGUGGGGAAGUUCGUCACGUCCUGGAUUUCAUGAAAGAUAACCGACCUUUAAUCCUGAAUUUUGGAAGUUGCACCUGACCUUCAUUUAUGCUCAAAUUUGAUGAGUUCAACAAGCUCAUCAAAGAUUUCAGCUCAAUAGCAGAUUUCCUUGUCAUCUACAUUGAGGAAGCUCAUGCAGUAGAUGGAUGGGCUUUUAAAAACAAUGUCAUUAUUAAAAAUCACAGAAGCCUUGAAGAUCGAAAAAUUGCAGCACAAUUUCUCCAGAAAAAUCACCCUGUGUGUCCAGUGGUUUUAGACACUAUGGAAAACCUGAGCAGUUCAAAAUACGCUGCGCUGCCAGAACGACUCUACCUGCUCCAAGGAGGGAAGGUCAUCUACAAGGGAGGAGUGGGGCCUUGGAAUUACCACCCCCAGGAAAUACGUGCCAUCCUGGAAAAACAGAAAUAGAAAAAGAAGAGGACUUCGACGCAAAAACUAUUUGGAUAAAGAAGUUCAAGAAUAAUUUGUCACAGACCUAUGUCUAAGGAACAACAACAACAAAAAAUUAAAAAUAGCCAUAGAGACAAGAAGAAAAGAAGAACAUUGUAUGUGGGUGUAAGGAGCAUCUGGAAUGAGGUUCAUUAUGUUUGUCUAGAAGUUUUCAGGUGUCAUCCCUACACCACCAACUUCUGGUCUCUAGUAACUUAGUACUCUUAUACCACCUGCAGUAAUGUGGGAGCUUGGUCCACUGAGCUCUGAAUACCAACAUUUACACUUGUAAGGAAUAUCCUGCAGGAUAAACUUCAGGGUGGUGACAUUUGCAGGAGUCCACUGGCAUGCAAAGCAACUGAUUUCACAUUACUAUACAUAUUGCACUUGUGUGUAUAUAAAAUGUUCCCUUUCACUGACUUCAGGAGGCUUCUGAGCAAGACAAUCUCUAUCAACAUCUGUUUCCAUGAGUAUUUGUUAUGAUGGUCCCAGCAUAAAGCACUGGCGGCUGUGACCUGAUUCUAGAAAAUAUUUAUAGAAACAAGGGAUUGAUCUACAAUUAUUAAAAGUCUAUCAAAGCACUUCAUCUGGCUUCAGAUUAUUUCCUUUCCUGCCCUGCCUCUCUCCCCUGGGUUAUUUCUAUGCAUUAGCAGAUAUUUAUAUUCAUUCUAAAAAUCUCUGUGAUCAGAAAGUUUUCAAUUUAAGAACUUUUGAAGGAGUUGAUUGACAGUAGGAAGCAAUACAUCCCGCCUAAGUAGCUCACACCUUUUUUUUCUAUUUAACUCAGAGUGCAAGGGAAACAUUUUACAGGAAAAUGAGUUUUAAUUAGUAGCAUGUAAGCCUGAUACAAACAUACUACCUUAAAUGGACUCAGUUAUGCUCAGGUGCUCUGGGCUGACAGUUUAGGUUACAAAAUGAGAGAG